AUGCCCGCUGCCGUCGACAACAACGCGGCAGCGAUCGAUGCGGCGUCGCAACGGGAGACCAUACGCGCUGCUUUCAACGCAUUCGAUGUCGAUGGCAACGGUCGUAUGGUAGCUAGUGAGCUGGCGGAGCUUGUGACAAGUCUGGGCGGCGCGGUGUCGUCGGUGGAGUUGGAGGCUGCACUGCGCGUGCUGGACAAAGACAGCGACGGCGUGAUCGAUCUGGGCGAGUUUGAACGGUGGUGGAUGCAUGCGUCGGACGAUCUGGACGGCGAUGGACACAUGGGUCAGAUGGAAAAGGCGUUGGCUCGACUCAAGGAGCUCGGGCAGAAGCGUUUUCACGUCGACAUCCACACCGCAUGCUGGAACGGCGACAUGGACGUUGUCUCGCGCCUCGUCCAAGCCGACAAAGACGUUGUGCAUGCCAAGGACGCGACUGAAUUCGGGGACUUGAACACGCCGCUGCAUUACGCUGCUUACCAAGGCCACACGGACCUGUGUGCGUACCUGAUGGAUCAUGCAAAGGUCGAUGCUGUCAACGCCAUCGGAUGCACUCCUUUGUUCUUUGCGUCACAACAGGAUCGCCGAGACGUUGUCGAGCUCCUCCUGCGGAAAGGCGGCGCAAAUGCCCGGCUGCGUGAGACGGAGCACCAUUUCAGCGCCGUCGACGUUGCGAGCUCGACGGAAAUGCUCCAAGUGUUUCGAAACCAUCGGCCAAAUGACAAACCGGCGGCGCCUUCCGCGCCCGCGAUUUCCUCCGCUGGCCCCACGGGCGUCCACGUCACUUGGCGUGCGCCGGCGCCGAAACCAACCGAGUCGCUGCCGAUCUCGGGCUACAAAGUCAAAUUCACCGCCACGUCGCCGUCCCAACAGCCUCCUUUCCUCAAGCUCGUCGGGCCGCAUCCGACUGCGCUGCGGAUCGACACCCUUGCGAAAAACACACUGUACACUGUCCAAGUCGCUGCCGUGACGCUGCAUGGAGCCAGCGACUACAGCGCCGCCGUCACCGUCUCGACAGCCGACGCAACCACUGUCCCCAACGAUGCGACGACUUCCGCGCAAAGCUGACGCAGACAUGGUGCUGUGUUGUCCACAAACUGCCAUCAUAAUCCUUGAAUGCGACGGCGCAUGCUACCGGGCAAGGACGCCAACUUUUCCAUCGCA